UUCUUCCUCCCUCUUCCUUCCUCACCAUUGAUUCCUCUCUCUCUCUCUCUCUCUCUCUCAGUGCAAAGCAAUAUAGCACCAAAGCUUCUUCCAGUUUCUUCCUUUAUACGAUUCAAGCUUUUGCGAAAUCAUCUUCGUUUCGUUUCGUUCCGUUAAACGAGCUAUGAACAUGAAUUUUUCGUUUUGCUCAACAUCUUCUGAGAUUUCAUAUGCUGCUAGUGACAAUGUUCUGAGGUUUCCGGUAGCGAGGCGGUUGUUGUUUGCUCCUGAAUUGGCUAAGUUUGGUGAGAAAUGGAAGAGGAAUUACAUUGAUUUGCCUUGUCUUCGUGGUAGUACGAGGAAGGUUUUGGCGUCAAGCCGGUUUGUGCCAGGACAAUUGGAAGAUUCGUCGAUUGUUAAGAAGAGUUUACAGAGAAGAGAACCUGUAGAGAAGCUUGGUGUUGUGAGGACUUUGUUAAUUGAUAAUUAUGAUAGUUAUACGUUCAAUAUUUAUCAGGCUUUGAGUACUAUUAAUGGAGUGCCUCCUGUGGUUAUUCGGAAUGAUGAGUGGACGUGGGAAGAAGCUUACCAUUACUUAUAUGAAGAUGUUGCUUUUGAUAAUAUUGUGAUAUCACCUGGUCCUGGCUCGCCCAUGUGCCCAGCUGAUAUAGGAAUAUGUCUUCGUCUUUUGCGUGAGUGUCGUGAUAUUCCAAUUCUAGGUGUCUGCCUUGGCCACCAGGCAUUGGGAUAUGUCCAUGGAGCUCAAGUAGUCCAUGCCCCGGAACCAGUCCAUGGACGGUUGAGUGGGAUUGAACAUGAUGGGAACAUAUUGUUUUCUGAUAUUCCAUCUGGGAGAAACUCUGAUUUCAAGGUUGUUAGAUACCAUUCACUGAUCAUAGAUAAGGAAUCACUACCAAAGGAACUUGUACCAAUAGCAUGGACGAUUUAUGAUGACACUGGUUCUUUCUCUGAGAAGAACACGGGAAGCCCACUGGGAAGCGGAUCUGUCAUCCCUGUUUCAGAAAAGUUGGAAAAUCGAAGUCAUUGGCCUACGUCCCAUGUUGAUGGAAAACAAAAUAGACACAUUCUCAUGGGGAUCAUGCAUUCUUCACUUCCCCAUUAUGGUUUACAGUUUCAUCCAGAGAGUAUUGCUACUACCUAUGGAAGUCAAUUAUUCAAAAAUUUCAAAGACAUAACUGUGGAUUAUUGGAGUCGCUCUAAAUCUCCAUCCUUGCUUCGAAGAAACAUAAAUGACACUGCAAACAUGCAGGUGACUGGUGCUACUCAAUUCCUGAAGGAACUUUCCAGAAAUAGAUUUAGAGGAAAUGGUUCUAGUUAUUAUGAGAACCCUAAGAAGUCUCUGUUUGCUGCCAAGACAAAUGGUGUAGACGUCUUCGAUCUGGCGGAUUUAUCAUAUUCAAAACCUCAUGUAAAAUUGCUGAGGUUGAAAUGGAAGAAGCAUGAACGUCUUGCACAUAAACUUGGUGGAGCAAGAAAUAUAUUCAUAGAACUCUUUGGCAAGAAUAGAGGGAAUGAUACUUUUUGGCUGGAUACUUCUUCUAGUGACAAGGCUAGAGGACGAUUUUCUUUCAUGGGAGGUAAAGGUGGAUCUCUAUGGAAGCAGUUGACAUUUAGUUUAUCUGAUCAAAGCGAGAUUACAUCUAAACAUGCGGGACAUCUUCUGAUUGAAGAUUCCCAGGCCUCGACUGAGAAACGAUUCUUGGAAGAAGGCUUUCUUGAUUUUCUACGUAAGGAGCUUGCAUCUAUCUCUUAUGAUGAGAAGGACUUCACAGGGUUGCCUUUUGACUUUUGUGGUGGCUACGUAGGUUGUAUUGGGUAUGAUAUUAAAGUGGAAUGUGGAAUGCCAAUUAAUCUUCACAAAUCCAAGGCUCCAGAUGCAUGUUUUUUCUUUGCAGAUAAUGUUGUCGCCAUUGAUCAUCAACUUGAUGAUGUUUAUGUAUUAUCUCUUUACGAAGAGGGAACCACAGAAAGCUCUUUCCUGAAUGAUGCUGAAGAGAAGCUCACUAAUCUGAGAGUUUCGUCCACGGGAAAGUGGAAGGAUCAAACACUUCCUGUUAUAGAUUCAUCUCAAUGCAAAGAAAGUUUUAUCCCUGACAAAUCCAAAGAGCAGUAUAUAAAUGAUGUUGAGAGAUGUAUGGCGUACAUCAAAGACGGGGAGAGCUACGAGCUUUGUCUCACUACUCAGAACAGAAGGAAAAUAGGCAAUGCUGAUUCUUUGGGGAUUUAUGUCUACCUGAGAGAAAGGAAUCCAGCACCAUAUGCAGCCUUUCUCAACUUCUCAAAUGCAAAUCUGUCUUUAUGCUGUUCGUCCCCUGAAAGGUUUCUUAAGCUGGACAGAAAUGGAAUGCUAGAAGCAAAGCCGAUUAAGGGUACUGUAGCUCGUGGCUCCACACCUGAAGAAGAUGAACUUCUUAAAUUGCAAUUAAAACUGAGUGAGAAGAAUCAAGCUGAGAAUCUGAUGAUUGUUGACCUUCUAAGGAAUGAUCUCGGUCGUGUCUGUGAGCCUGGCUCAGUCCAUGUACCUAACCUCAUGGACGUGGAAUCAUACACAACAGUACACACUAUGGUGAGCACAAUCCGUGGACUGAAAAAACCAGAUAUAAGUCCAGUCGAAUGUGUAAGAGCAGCAUUCCCUGGCGGUUCAAUGACCGGUGCACCAAAACUAAGAUCCGUUGAGGUUCUUGAUUCUCUAGAAAACUGUUCGAGAGGCCUUUACUCUGGCUCAAUUGGGUAUUUCUCAUAUAAUGGUACAUUCGAUCUCAAUAUUGUGAUAAGAACAGUUGUGAUACAUGAAGAUGAAGCUACCAUUGGAGCAGGAGGAGCAAUAGUUGCAUUAUCAAACCCAGAAGAUGAGUUUGAGGAGAUGAUUCUUAAGACUAGAGCUCCUGCUAAUGCAGUCUUGGAGUUUUGUAAUGAUCCGAGGAGACAAUAGUCUUGUGUGUCUCUUCAAAGUUCAAAACAAUUGUUUUUGCUGUGUGUGUGUGUAUGUGGCUUCAAAACAGGUAUCAUUUGUUAUUUUUAUAAAUUUUUUUAUUGGCAUACGAGUUGAUUUGGC